GCGCGGCGCGCUGCUGCGACACGGGCCGGCCGCUGUUCACGGACCCGCUGACGGGCCAGAGCGUCUGCUCGUGCCAGUACGAGCUGCUGGGCUACCAGCGACUCGCCGCGCCGCCCGGCCUGCCGCUCUCCAUGUACUCGGCGCCCUACGCCACGCCCGACGGCAUGGCCGCCUACUUCCCCGCGCUGGGAGCCGACCAGGCGCCCUUCUACACCUCCACCGCGGGCCUGGAGCUGAAGGAGAACCUGGCGGGCGCGGGCUGGCCCUACCCGUCCGUCUACCACCCGUACGACGCCGCCUUCGCCGGCUACCCCUUCAAUGGGUACGGAAUGGACCUGAACGGCGCGCGACGGAAGAAUGCGACCCGAGAAACGACGAGCACGCUCAAGGCGUGGCUCAACGAGCACAAGAAGAACCCGUACCCCACCAAGGGCGAGAAGAUUAUGCUGGCCAUCAUCACCAAGAUGACGCUGACGCAGGUGUCCACGUGGUUCGCGAACGCGCGCCGCCGUCUCAAGAAGGAGAACAAGAUGACGUGGGAACCGCGCAACCGCGUCGACGACGAAGACAACAACAACGAGGAGGACAGCGGCCGCAAGAGCGCCGACCACCACAAGGACCCCGACUGCAAGGACUCUGGGACGGGGUCCAGCGAGGACGGCGACCGGCCGCGCAGCAGCGAGUGGGGCGGCUCGCGGCCCGAGUCGCCGGCCGACUGCCUGCCGCCGCCCCCGCAUCUGCUGUACACGCGGCCAGCGGGGGCGGGAGCGGGGGCGGGUGCGCCGCUCAGCUCGCAGCAGUCGGCGCCCGCGGGGCCCAGCAAGCCGCGCAUCUGGUCGCUGGCAGACAUGGCCAGCAAGGACCGCGACCCGUCGCCGCCGGCCGCGCCGCAGCACCAGCACCAGCCCGCCCCCGCCGUGUACCCGCGGCCGCACCCGGAGCUGUACCGCGGCUUCUACGCGGCGGCGGCGGCGGCGCAGGCGCAGGCGCAAGCGCAGGUGCACGCGCACGUUCACGCUCACGCGCACGCGCACGCUCACGCGGCGCAGGGCCUGACGGUGGCGCCCGCGCCCGCCUCCUCGUCCUCGUCGUCCAGCUCGUCGGCGUCGGGCGCCGACCCGCCGGAGAAGAACUGA